GAAAAACGGUUUUUUUUUUCUUCUGCGCGUCUUGACAAUCGCUAAAGUUUUUGUUUUUCACCAAGGGAAAGUGUAGGGGAAAACGAGUAAAACAUGUCAUUGGAUGCCGACUACGAGGUGGAGCGGUACUCAUUUGCAAAGGGCUGCACGGUGGAGGUAUGCCGCUGCACGCACCGCAGCUCCGGUGCGCGGCGGGCGGUAAAGAUCUGCAACAUCGACACCUUGGGCCUUCGUCGUGCUGCGAUGGCGGUGGAAGAGGGUCAACUGGCAAAAAGCCUGCCUCAGGCUCCCCAGCUUGUGCGUGUCUUUGACGUUUACCAGGAGGAGGGCCGCGUCGCCAUCGUGAUGGAGCUGAUGGAGCGUGGGUCCCUCUUCCAACGACUCAGCACACAGGGCCCAGUUCCAGAGGCGCUUGCCCGCGUAUUGGCGCGGCAUCUCUUCACCGGGCUCCUUGUACUGCACAGCAGCGGCGUCAUGCACCGCGACAUCAAGCCGGAAAACGUUUUUCUGCGUGGCACGCAAAGCUCACCCGCGGACGUUCUUUCCAUCGGCGACUUUGGCUUCGCAACGCGGCAGAUUCCGAGUGAGGACUUCGUCGGGUCGCCGCAGUACUCCGCACCGGAGUUGGCGCUCAUCGGCCUUCAGCAAAACUCACACGCCCGCGCACCUGGCGGCCGUCCACUAUAUAACGAGAAGUGCGACAUUUGGUCGGCUGGAGUGCUCGUGUUUGUCAUGUUGAGCGGUCUGCUGCCUUUUGAUGGGGCCACCCCCACAGACGUCUUCACAGCCGUCGUUCGCAAUGCCGUGCCGUAUGAAAAAGCAGCGCCAGGCAGAAUCAGCGCGCAGGCUAAGGCGUUUAUGCAGUUGACGAUGUCUUCCAACCCAUCGAAGAGGCCGUCAGCGAAAGAGGCACUGCGUCAUCCGUGGCUAGUGAAUUAA